GGUCGGUCGGUUCUUGUGCUCGUUCGCUCACAGAUUCCUCAGCUUUCGUGCUAAAUUAGUUGUCUUAUCUCUCAAUUUUCAUCUCACUGGACUUAGAAUAGAUCUUUAUCAUUCUCCUACUGAUACUUCCAUACUUGGCAGUCUCCUUUCGAGUCAUGAUUGUGAUCUGAUAAACGUGCAAAGUUCUCAAUAGUUGUGCACCAGUCCUCAUCUGGUCCUCCGCCUCCCCCACAUCUUGCCCGGUUUCUUCUCUCCAUACCACCACGUGCAUUUUGUUUUGUUUAAUCUUUCUGCUAAACUCAGCAGCUUUUUUACUCCACUCCACUAGUCGUUUUCAUUCCUGAACGCAAUGAUCACAGCACGUCAGGACAUUCCUAUUCAUGAUUCAUACAGGCUGCCUGGAUUCCAGUCUUGAUCUGUGAGGUUUGAAUUUGGACCUGCUUAGUGAAGUGUCUGCUUCCUCAAAGUUCACUGUGUUCUGUUUACUCCAGGAAUAGAUAUAUACAACACUCUUCAAAAUGCCUUACAUGAGUUUGGAUGACUUGCUGAUGAUGGGCACAUUUUGCCAAAUCGUAGAGGAUCUGCAGAGAGUUCACCGAACGCUUGAUGAGCAUGGGCGAAUUUUACGAAGAUUAGAAAAUUAUGCUGCCGGCCUUGGAAUAAAACCCAAACCAGAAUAUGAAACUUGCUACCAAGAAUCCUUGUCACAUUUCCAGAAACGCAAAAAGAAAGGACUACCUGCCUCUGUAAUUGAAGAAAUCAAAAAGUCUCAAAAAAAGAAUUCUGGGGAGGACACAAAACAAAAUCAAGGAACUGAAGAGAGUGAGGUUAAAGAAACGGCCUCAAAAAAGAGACGUAAUCGCAAGAAGAAGCAGUUGAGUAAGAAAGAAGGUCUUUCUGAAAAUCAGGGUAAAACUCAAGACGAGUUGCAUUGUCAAAUGUCAGAUGAAACCUCCUCAGGAGAGAACUCCAAACAGGAAAAUUCACCUUGAGAGGGCUUCCCUCACCAAGACGUUGAGGAAGUUCGAUUUCAUUUCCCGCCAAGUUCAGUGAAACUAGACUUUUGGAGGAAUUCCAUCUUGAAACAGUUUAACAAAGUAAUUUUUGCUCCAACUUUGCCAAGGUAUGAAUAGUUUUCUUAUCGAAUGUAUAUACACCCUCUUAUGUCUUGACCUACUUUAUUGGAGUAAUUUUUAGCCGAUUGAAGAAAAAACACAAGUUGAAUUUUCUCCAAUUCCUCAAAUUUUAUUUUUCCGAAUAACUGUCUUGUAGUUUUGAACCUCACAUGUUUUUUACGCUCUUUUCUUUAUCUUUAUUUAGUUAUUCUAAAUUGGUAAUUUUUGUUUUGUUCUUUGCAACCCAUUUUUUUAGUUUUUAGGUUUAUUUAUUUACUUUUAGUUUUGUUCUUGCCAACCUUUCUAUUCAGAUGUGAAAGUGUCCGCUAAUGAGAAUUAUACUCCUACUUUAAUCUGCUGACUUCCAGGUUUUUUUUGUGAAGUUCAUGUCUUCUAACUUGCUUUCUCUUGUCUGAGGCCUACGUUAGCUUCUGCAGUCAAAAUGUUCCCAAUGUUAAAAACCGAAAUUGUACAAUCACCAGAUUUUUCAUAAAACGUAAAUCCUUAUCAUGUUUUUUUAAUAUUCUGAUAAGUUGCCUUCUCCCGGUUCAUCCUGAAUAUUAGUUCUCCAUUUUUGUGUUACUUAGAUAGAAAGGCCUCCUAACUUUAUUUAGUAUAUUUUAAGCUUAUUUCGUUUUUAUUUUAUGUUUCCCACUUUCACUUUUUUCCUUGUAAAACUAAAAUGUUAGUCUCUCUUUUUAAAUAGAACUGGACAAGUACCUCAAAACUUGAGUAGGUAUUUUCUUUUACAUAGUAGUAUUAAUUUCUCAGUUCCAUAUUCUGCAAACUUAAAGCAUUGUUACAGUUUUCGUACUCAAAAUCGUUAAAAUAAAAUGUUCUCCCUUCUCUUGGGUUUUAUAAUAAGUUUUGCAGAUUGUGUAAUUUAAAGCAACUAGCUCACCUUCAGCCAGAAAACCCGAUACACAAAAGUGCCCCAGCAACAGAAGGUUUAUUGAAAAAUGAUUUGUGCUGAAAUUGAACCUGUGAUUAUUUUUUUUCCAAACGAAUUCUUGAUAAGCAGCUUAAUGUUUCUGUCAUGUUAGUAUGUUAUUAUGUAAAUUUAAUAGGAAUAAAAGUUAUAUCCGUUGCAUUUUUCAAUA